CGGUUAAGCAGUGGAAGUUGUAGAAGAACCUCCGUCCCUCUAGGGUUUACCAUAAAAAGGGCCCUCACUCUUACAGAUUCUGCUCUUCAAAUACCAGGAGAUCAAAGAUGCAAGUUCUUCCUACAGAGGGUGAAAAUGCUCUGUCUGUAGUUGGUCCUAGGCCAAUGGAAUGGGCAACUGUACCGUAUAACGCUCCCCAAGCACCUGGGCAAAAUGGAAAACAAAGGACUUCCAGUUUGGAAUCGCCAAUCAUGUUGCUGACAGGUCAUCAGAGUGCUAUAUACACAAUGAAGUUUAAUCCGGCUGGAACGGUGGUUGCGUCUGGGUCGCAUGACAGAGAAAUUUUCUUAUGGUAUGUGCAUGGAGAAUGUAAGAACUUCAUGGUCUUAAAAGGGCACAAGAAUGCAGUUUUGGAUCUUCACUGGACUACUGAUGGGUCCCAGAUCAUAUCAGCCAGUCCGGACAAAACUCUCAGGGCAUGGGAUGUCGAAACGGGGAAACAAAUUAAGAAGAUGGCUGAGCAUUCCUCAUUUGUGAAUUCAUGCUGCCCAUCCAGGAGGGGUCCUCCUCUAAUAGUCAGCGGAUCUGAUGAUGGGACUGCCAAACUAUGGGAUAUGCGUCAAAGAGGUGCGAUCCAAACAUUUCCAGACAAAUACCAAAUUACAGCAGUAAGCUUCUCAGAUGCAUCCGAUAAGAUCUACACGGGUGGUAUUGACAAUGAUGUCAAGGUCUGGGACUUGCGCAAGGGUGAAGUAAUGAUGACACUUCAAGGGCAUCAAGAUAUGAUAACUGGUAUGUCGUUGAGCCCUGAUGGCUCCUAUCUUCUGACCAAUGGAAUGGACUGCAAGCUCUGCAUUUGGGAUAUGCGGCCAUAUGCGCCGCAGAACCGCUGUGUGAAGAUAUUGGAAGGGCAGCAACACAACUUUGAAAAGAACCUGCUGAAAUGUAGCUGGUCUCCUGAUGGAAGCAAGGUUACUGCUGGUAGUUCCGACCGGAUGGUAUACAUGUGGGAUACUACUUCUCGACGCAUCUUGUAUAAACUCCCCGGGCACACUGGAUCCGUGAACGAGAGCGUCUUCCACCCCAGUGAGCCAAUCAUUGGAUCUUGCAGUAGUGACAAGCAGAUUUAUCUGGGAGAGAUAUGAGUUGUACUGAAACAUAGUUGAAUCUGCCGCUUCUCAUCAAUCUGUUAGCUGCAUUAACAAAAGUGAGAUAUGAGAGGCUUGUAUCGCGUCCUAGUUUCAAAAACAAUUGCAACUAAUCCAGCGUUUUGUACAAACAUUUUGAUGAGUUUUUCAAUAUGACCUUGAAGUAUUGUUUAGAUAUGUAGAAUUUGGAAUUUGUAGAAGCUAUACGGCCAUUGCUUGGUGUCUGUUUGUCUUGUUUAAUCCUUGUUUGAUAGCGCUUUGGCUGACAAGGGAGAGUAAAUGCAUCAAAAUCUGGUUUAUUAGGUCUUUAACGCAUCAGGUUGUCAUAUUUUACAACGAUGCAAUUAAAAUCUUUCUUUGUCCCGCA